AUGAAUAUUUGUGAAUGCUGUGCUGUCAAAAGCUUACAGGUGAUAAAUGUCAUGACCUCUCUGCAGGGUGGAGAUAAUGCAGGAGAGAUUAGCAGAGCAGUGAUGAGAUCUGUGAUGACCAACAAUUGCAUGAGCCAGUUUAGUGGCACUGGGCAGAAAGGAAAAAUGGCCUUUAUUGGAACACCCCUUUACAAAAUCAUUCUUUCUGCUGCACGCAAAGCAUCAAAGAAAACUGUUUCGUUUGAAAUAAUUAAACGAGAAGUUUUAGACGUUCUCAGAUUCGCCCCAUACCUUCCUGGAGGAACUAAUUAUGCUAAGAAAAAAGCGGGAAAGAAGUCGAUUCAAAUAAUCAGAUUCCGAAUAUUAUAUGGACUGAUUUUUCCAAAAGUACAAAUUUUAUUUGCAAAGAAGACUUUUCACAGAGAAGAAAGAUGUAUGGAGAAACAGGGUCUCCCUGAUGACAUCCGGGUUGGACUUGGAAUUUCUCAGAUAAAAAGCCACUUUGAAGGAUAG